AUCGAAAUCAUCACCCGAGGCCUUCCCCGUCCAUGGAUCUCAUUACCCCCCCUGCUCGUUCGUUCUUCAAACGAUGGGGGUCCCACAAGUUGACUGGGCGGUUAACGGCUGCGCCGUACGGAAACAUGAGUGGCAUGUUCGAAAUCUUGGGAAUUUUCUCCGCCCUUUGACCGAUCCGGCGGCGUGCCCAUAACAAAAAAAAAUCACCGAAUACCAGCCCAACCCCUCUUUUCCGUGGAGAGAGAGAGUGUGUGUCUCUUGCUCAUCGCAUAUCUGCUCUCUCGCGGGAUCCAGCAAACAAAUCUCAAAAUACAAGGGUUGACACCAACCAAACAACUUCAUUUUUGAGAUCUGCCCCGGGAUUCUUUAGCAAACAAAGAUGACGACUGAGAGGUAUCCUGACGAGUUGAUUGUGGGGGACGAUACGGAAGAUGAGACCCGGUCAGAGGUUGGGAGUAUUGCCUCGUCGAGCACGAGUCUGCGCGAAUCCGUUCUCGACUACCGCCUCGAGAACGGUAGGACAUAUCACCGUUACAAAGACGGCAAAUACACGAAACCCAACGAUGAGCGAGAGAUGGACAGACUUGAGCUGGAGAAUGAGCUGUGGCUGAUUUCUCUCGACUUCGCUUCCGGCGUCGCCCCGCCCGCCCAGAAGGACUCAAAGUUCGUGUGUUCUCGUGCCCUGGACGUCGGUACCGGUACUGGCAGCUGGGCCAUCGACUUUGCAGAUGAUCAUCCGGAGUCAGAGGUUAUCGGUUUCGACCUCUCGCCACCCCUGACUGAAUACGUACCUCCUAACCUCAAAUUCGAGAUUGAUGACCUCGAGGAGGACUGGACGUGGUCCCGCCCUUUCAACUAUAUCCACAGCAGAGUUAUGACAGGCGCCGUCAACGACUGGGACAUUUAUCUCCGCAAGAUUUACAAGAACCUCGAGCCAGGCGGCUGGGUCGAGCUGCAAGAGCUCGACAUCUUCGUCACCUCAGACGACGGCACCCUCACGGAGAAGCACGCGCUCUCGCAAUGGAGCAAGCUCCUCCACGGCGCCUCGGAGAAGCUCGGCCGCCCCUACAUUGACCCCAAGUCCCUGGACCUCAAGGCCGCCGGCUUCGUCGACGUGUCCAUCACCACCUUCAAGUGGCCGCUCAACGAGUGGCCCAAGGACCCCAAAUACAAGCAGCUCGGCCGGAUCCAGCUCGAGAACGGCACGACGGGCAUGGAGGCCUUCACGAUGGCGGCGUUUACGCGCGCGUACGAGUGGUCGCCCGAGGAGGUCAAUGUCUUCCUCGUCGAUGUCCGGAAUGAUCUGAGGAAUAAAGCUAUUCAUGCUUAUAUGCCGGCGUACUGCAUCAUUGGCCGCAAACCGGAGAAGGGUGAGCUUGAGGCGAAGAAAGAGGAGAGUAUUGCUUGA